AUGGCUUUUAUUCAUGGUUUCAAUGUCAAUAGUGAACAAAGAGAUCAAUACAUUUCUGAUACAAUAAAUGUGAAUACAGGACCUAUCGUUGGUAAACUUAGUAUGAUUCAAUCCCCAAAACCUUCAAAACAAAAAUAUGGAAGUAGAUUGCCUCGAUUUCGAAUUGGAGGUGAUGAACUUAAAAACGACAUUAAUCACACCUUGGCUUUGCUUGCUUACAUUGUAUUGGAUGUAUAUCAAUCUGGAAAACACUGGCUCUACUACCAUCCAGAACGAGCUUUUGUCAAAAAAGAUAAUUUAAAAUAA